AUGGGAUUUUGCCUGCUGAUAUCCCCGAACAUCGGUAAAUGUGACCGCAUCUUUACAUUUGUCUUUCCUGUUACUUAUUUGUAUCUCAUCUUCUGCCUCAGGAGGUUGUUGGAAUCAUCGCUCUUUCCGUUAUCUCGAUAUGAUAUGUCUGGCUCCAGAGAUCAUCCCAUAUACCCAGAUCCUGCCAGGCUGUCUCCGGCUGCUUACUAUGCUCAGAGGAUGAUCCAGUAUCUGUCUCGGAGAGAAAGCAUACGCCAGCGUUCUUUACAGAAUCGCCUACGGACGCUCUCUAACUCUCAAGCCGACAGCCAGUCCAACAACCCCUCCUCCACGCCACCAGAGGCCAGUGAUGGAGACUAUGAGGACAUCGAGGAGCCUGGAGACAGGACAAGACACAGAAUGCCCCGCAACGCUCGAAUGUCAGCCCCCUCUCUUGGGCGCUUUGUCCCACGGAGGUUCCUGUUACCAGAGUACUUGCCUUACGCUGGACUUUUCCAUGAAAGGGGUCAGUCAGGCCUGGCCACUCACUCCUCCAUUAACAGAGUAUUAGCAGGUGCUUCUAUAGGUGAUGGGCAGUCAGCUGUGGCCAGUAACAUUGCCAACACCACCUAUAGGCUGCAGUGGUGGGAUUUCACCAAGUUUGACCUUCCGGAGAUCAGUAAUGCGACUGUAAAUGUACUCGUUCCUCACUGUAAGAUCUACAACGAUGCCAGCUGUGAUAUUUCAGCGGACGGGCAGCUGCUGGCCGUGUUCAUUCCCAGCAGCCAGCGAGGUUUUGCAGAUGAGGGCAUCCUAGCCGUCUACUCCCUCGCUCCCCAUAACCUAGGAGAAGUGCUGUACACCAAGAGAUUCGGUCCAAAUGCAAUCUCAGUGAGUCUUUCACCCAUGGGCUGCUAUGUGAUGGUAGGUCUGGCCUCCAGACGAAUCCUGCUCCAUCCCACUACUGACCAUAUGGUGGCGCAAGUGUUUCGUCUACAGCAGCCACACGGAGGAGAGACCUCCAUUAGAAUGAUGUUUAAUGUGGUGUACCCCAUGGCUCCAGACCAGAGAAGACACGUCAGUAUUAAUUCGGCUCGGUGGCUUCCAGAGCCAGGCUUGGGAUUGGCCUAUGGAACCAAUAAGGGUGACCUGGUCAUCUGCAGGCCAGUUGAUUUCCGCAGUGAUGGAGACAGUCCGUCGGAUCUGAACUCGGAUUCUUUGUUUACCGUCAGCAGCAGCAGCAGCAGCCGAACCCGUGGAGUGGAGCGCCCAGGCACCAGCAGGUCCGGCUGGCGAUUUGACCGAGACAUGGGCCUUAUGAACGCUAUUGGCCUGCAGCCGCGUCAGGCCGCCCCUUCUGUGACCUCACAGGGGACGCAGACACCAGUGGUGCGACUGCAGAAUGCCGAGACGCAGACGGAGAGAGAACUUCCUUCAGCCAGCACCUUCCAGAACGCGCACACAUCCAGACACAUGGUUCACACAGCCAGCACCAGCACUGAGAGGCACCCAGAGACGACACAUACACUGUCACACACACCAGUUCAGGCAUCGCUUUCAGAGGGAUCGCUGAACCGGACCAACUUGCCCACCACAUAUCACGCGGACUCAGCAGCCGAGCCCGGCCCAGGAGAAGACGCUCUGUCUCGGAUCCGCCGCCUAAUGGCGGAAGGAGGAAUGACCGCCGUAGUCCAGCGGGAACGCAGCACUACAAUGGCUUCCAUGGGCGGCUUUGGAAACAACAUUGUUGUCAGUCAUCGGAUUCACCGUGGCUCACAGACCUUGGUCAGGACAACUCAGGUGGGAAACCCAACCUCGGAAAUGCCUGCUGGACUCGGUAUCUCGACUCUUUUUCACACUGAACCCUUGGUAGACUCUCUAGAAGCUCCUGGGCCGUCAGGGUCCAGCGGUGCCCCACUUCCGUCACAGUUUACAACUCGUUCUGAGGUCGCGGGGGCAUCUCCUAUGGUUGAGACGAACUUGUUUGGUGAUCGUCAAGCUGAUGAUGUACAGCACCACCCAUCCGCGAGUGGUUUGGAUAUGUCCAACCGUAGCAACAACAAUAACAAUGACCAUAGCAACAGCUACAGUGAAAGCCGGAGCCGAGAUUACCCUGAUGACUUGUACGGCAGAUAGUCUUAAGUCUGGUUUUCACAGAGACGAACAUCUCAACUGGUCUACAUGGUGCUGGAGCAUUUCGUGGUGGACCCUUUGUUACACACAGAACAUAGCAUUUAGGGCGGAGCUACUGAACUUCCCGCCUCAGUUCUGACUCCUCCCACUCUGGCCUUAUUUGGGAAUGAAUGAGUGCCAAGUUUUUCAUGGCAUCUCCUUAACCGGGAGACGCCAGCCUCACCUUUUUUGUCAAAACAACAGAUUCUUGCUUUGGGGAAGCAUCAUUAUUGCGCUUGCGUUUUGCACUUAAGUUAUAAUUUUUCUUCCUUUCAAGGUUGAGUCUCAGACAUUUCAUCAUUCCAUGCGAGAAAGGGCAUCAUACUUGAAUCCUUCCCGUACUUCAGUACGGAAUAACAUGGUUGUAGGUAAAGGGUUACUCCACCCCAAAAUGAAAAUUAUGUCAUUAAUUACUCGCCCUCAUGUCGUUCCAA